UAUAUAUAAUUAAUAAUGCUUUUUAUUUACAGCUGGUAAUUUCAGUUCAAUUAGCAUAACAUUUAAAUUAGCACGUGAGAUGGGAUUUUUUAUGAUGGAUUAUUAUAUACCAUCUAUAUUAAUAGUAGUUAUUUCUUGGGUAUCCUUUUGGUUGCAUAUGGAUGCAAGUCCACCGCGAAUAGUUUUAGGAACAAAUACUAUUUUAACAUUUAUGACUCUUGCAUCAAAAGUAGAAAAUUCUCUACCAAAAGUUUCAUAUAUAAAAGCUAGUGAAAUAUGGUUUUUAGGUUGUACUAUAUUUUUAUUUGCAGCAAUGGUUGAAUUUGCUUUUGUUAAUACAAUUUAUCGACGGAAAAAAACUGUUCCUUUGAAAAAAGUAAAUAGUAAAUAUAUAUUAAAAUCGACAUUAACGCCAAAACUGGCUCGAAAACAAUUUCAAAAAAACACUACUGGGCUAGAACGAUCACGAUCUUGGUCAUCACUUGAUAAUACAAAUAUAAAUGAUCAAGAUUAUUCAAGUCAAAACUAUCUUACUGUACAUAGUUUUCCAAGUACCCUUAACAUUCCUUCUGUUAAAAUUGAUGAAGAUAAAGAUCAAAAAUGCUCUAUUGAAAGCAUUACAAGUGUUAACAGUACAUCAUCACCAAAACCCUUUCCACGAAGAGCAACUCUUGCACAAUUACAUAAUUUUACAACAAUGACACCACAAGAAAUUGCUCAGUGGAUUGAUAGACGUAGCAGAAUUGUAUUUCCUGUAGCUUUCAUCAUAUUUAAUAUUCUUUAUUGGUCUUUUAUUUGGAUAUAAAAAUUUCAUAAUUAAAUUAAUAUAUAAAAUAUAUAUAUUUUAAAUUUUUAGGAAAAUAAAAAUAAUCAUAAAAGUUUUAUGUUUAUAAAUAAUAUAUUAAAUUUCGUAUAAUUUUAAAUAUUGUUAUCAAAAUCAUUAAAUGGAAAAUUUAUUUUUU